AUGUUAGCAGUAAUAUUCUUUGUUUUAAUAACUUACUCGACUACUAAUAUUCAUUCAAUAAUUACAACAUCUAAACCCCAAGAAAUCAAAUAUAGAAAAAAAGCUAUAGAUAACAGUUUAGGAGAACCACUAACUAUAUGGUGUAGUGUUUCACAUCCAUCAACAAUUAUAUCUGCAUACUUUGUAAAAGCAAAUGAUAAAAAAGGGAUUUCAAAAGUUGAUGGUCGUCUUAUAUCAUCUCAAAAUACAUCAUAUACAUUUCAUAAACCAACAGUUAAUGAUGCUGCACAAUGGAAAUGCUUAUUAAAAACAAGUACUGGAGAAGAAGGGGCAUAUUUAGAAAUAUAUUCUCGUCCUGUGCUUUUAAAUACUAAUGAUUCUAAAGUCCAAUAUGUUUAUGAGGGUAAAGACUUACCAUUAAAUUGUAUAGUAAAAGGACAUCCAAAACCCGUAACCAAAUGGACGAGAAAAGAAAUUCCUAUUCCAUACCGUAAUAAAGAAUAUAAUAUCACUGGUAGUAGCUUAACAUUAAAAAAUGUACACCAAGAUAAAGGUGGUAUCUAUAUAUGUACAGCGAUAAAUAAAUUUAGAGUUAAUGGAAGUGAACAUGUAUACAAGACAAUAAUGGAGCAUGAAAUAAAAGUUAAGUCAGAGCUUGGUUGGAUUUUGCCUUUAAUUAUCAUAAUAGUAACAUUAAUAGUAUUGGUUACUGUUAUAGGAGUAUGUGAAUGGAGAAAAAGAAAUAUUCAAUUGAAUUCUCAGGAGUAUGAAUAA